AUGAAUUAUAGACUCCUGAGUGAGAGACUACCUGUAUCAGCUGUCACUACUGUACAGGUGAAGUGUAAUCAGGCUGCUGCUCUGCCCUGUGAACGGAAAUGUUCUCGUGAGGCCAAAUGGACUCUGUUCAGUGACCGAGAUCAUGCAGUGGCUCGGUGUGAUCAGACAUCCUGCUGGUCACUAAAGGAGGGAUUUAAAAUGUCCCAUGAUCAGUACCUGAAGGGAGAUCUCACCCUCACCAUCACUGCAGCUGAUUACAGUAAGAGGAACACGUACACGUGUGAGUGUGAUGGCAGAGACAUUAAUGAUGUGCGUCUCAGCAUCGAGACCAUGAUAUCAUCAGUUCAGAUAAACCCUGGUGAAGAUCUGCAGCUGGAUUUGCACGUAUCAGAGCGAGUGGAGGUGAUCUAUAAGGGUGAAGAUUCAGCAGAUCCUUAUGGUGAACAGAUCUGCACUGUGGAUAGAAGCUCACUACGCUGUACAGCUGAAUACACACCGAGAACAUCACUCACUAACACAGUUCUUACACUGAGAGGAGUAAAGCUGACUGAUGGGGGAGUUUACAUCGUCCGAGACACGGAGAAUAAUGAAGACCUUCAUAUUUACUCAGUCUCAGUGAGAGAGAGAACGCUACCAGUGUGGGCGAUUAUCCUGAUAGUGCUGAUGGUUCUUCUGCUUGUUGCGCUGCCUGUGAUGAUAAUCUGCUACCUGAGGAAUCGGUGCUGCCAAAGAGAUGAAAGGAGCAGCAGUGGAGCAGGAAGAGACCAGACCUGGAAUGGUACCUCAGAAAUGCCUAAACUGCCAGAGAAACAAAUGAUGAUGAAGCAGGAGGAGAACCGAAUGAUGUUGGAGCAGGAGGAGAACCGAAUGAUGUUGGAGCAAGAGGAGAACCGAAUGAUGCUGGAGCAGGGGGAGAACCUGAAGCUCAAACAUAAGAAUGGAGUAACAGAGGGAAGAGACUUAUAACUUCAUACAGCAUGUUUGGAUUAUUUUCUGUUUUGCAUCGUUGUUUCUGCUCUGACUUUCUUCAGAAGUGCUCAGGUUUGUGAACCUUGCAAGCUCAUGUUUUUCCCACCUGUCUGUUGUGAUUCCUCUCCCUGUGAGCUGCUCCAUGUCAGUCUGAGCUGCUCAGUAACUUUCCCACUAGCUGGGACUGAUCAGUGUUUACUGGGUGUGUCCUCACACACACGUGUUCACUAGCUGGGACUGAUCAGUGUUUACUGGGUGUGUCCUCAUACACACGUGUUCACUAGCUGGGACUGAUCAGUGUUUACUGGGUGUGUCCUCACACACACGUGUGAGUCUAGGAAUUGGUGGUACAGCCGGUGGUGUCAUAGAGGAGAUCCACAUCUGCUCCCUGCAGACUCUCCACUGGUGUCCCACAAGGCUCAGUACUUGAUCCUCUCCUGUUCUCCCUCUAUACUCAUUCUCUUGGUGCGGUCAUAUCCUCACAUGGGUUUUCAUACCACUGCUACUGCCACUCAACUCCUCCUCUCCUUCCCUCCCUCAGACAAACAAAUGCAGAAAAACACAAAUAAACUUGUAUGUUUUUAUUUUGGGAAAUAACUUUUGCUGGGGCUUUUUACUAGGAACAUCAGAAAAUAUUUAAAACAUUUAU